AUGGCCAACAACGCCAACCAGGAGUCGCACGCGCUUUAUGGCGCUGUGGUGGUGCGCCUGAUGGAUCGUGUGAUGCUCUGUAAGACGCCUGAUUUGCCUACGGGUGGCUUCACAAUACCAGGCACCGCAUGGGCGGACCUCGUCAGCCGCUGCAGCGCCCCACACUUCCGCACCUCCGCGUUCCUCAGCGUAACCGCCGACAGGGACCCCACACAGGAGGUGACCUUGUCCUACCACCUCAUGACCGAUGACGCGCUUGGCUACGGUGUGAUCGGUGCGAAAGCAGUUGGCCGCCGAGAAGGGCACGCCGCGCUUGACGAGCUGGCGGCGCUCUUCAAGAAGAUGUUCGUAGAGCCACCAUCGAAGCUGAAUCCAAAGCUGGUGGAUGUUUUUGUGCGUCCAGCGCGCGACCUCAUGGUGAGGCAUAGCAGCGGUGCCGCUGCGGGAGCGGCAGACAACAAAGUGACGAAGGUGAAGCUAGCGGUGGAUGAGGUAAAGAACAUGGCGCUGGACAACGUGGAGCGCGUCAUCCAGCGCGGGCAGCGCAUCGACGACAUUGUGCAGGCUACUGAUGAUCUUCAGUUUCAGGCGGAGGGCUUCCAGCGCAAUAGUCGUGAUCUCCGCAACCAGAUGUGGUGGAGCUCGAUGAAGGGGCGGAUUAUGCUGGCAGGUGCCGUCAGCUUCAUGCUCAUGCUGUUCUACUUCACUUUCUUUGCUGGUAACGGCAGCAGCAAGAAGACGACGACGCAAGCUCCGAGCUCGGCACCGGCAUAG